AAUAAAAUAAUAUGACUGCUAACAGGGAAACUAUCGGACUAGCGAAGCAUGGAAGGGUAGUUGGAGCUUCAUCCCAUUUCCACAACCCAAUCCAUCUAUACUUCUCUCUGUUCACGCCUCCAAUCAUCGGCUAACUUUUUUUACUGCUUGCUUCGUAAAAUCCUUCAACAAUGGCUUCUAUUCCAAUCUCCUUUAUCAAUGUUAUCGUAACACUUUUCUUCACUUUCACUUUCAUCCCACUCACCCAUUCUGUUCCCUUCAUUGUUUUGCACGGUAUUGGAGAUAAAUGCAGUAAUCGGGGAAUAUCACAUUUCACUGAGCUUUUAGGCAACUGGUCUGGAGCUCCAGGAUAUUGCCUAGAAAUUGGAGAUGGGUCAUUGGAUUCUUGGACUAUACCCCUUCUUGAGCAGACAGCACUUGCUUGUGAGAAGGUAAAGAAUAUGAGUGAACUUGCCGAUGGCUACAACAUAGUUGGGCUAUCUCAGGGUAACAUGGUUGGUCGAGGAAUUAUUGAAUUUUGUGAAGGAGGACCUCCUGUUAAGAAUUUUGUUUCACUGGGAGGUCCCCAUGCUGGUACUGCUUCAGUGCCAUUCUGUGGAUCUAGCACCAUAUGCAUUCUUGUGGACAUUUUAAUCCGGUUAGAGGUCUACAGCAGCUAUGUCCAGGAACACUUGGCUCCUAGUGGUUAUGUCAAAAUCCCAACUGACAUUGCUGACUACCUAAAGGGGUGCAAGUUUCUUCCCAGACUUAACAAUGAAAUCAUCCAAAAUUCUACUUACAAGGAACGGUUGACUAGCUUAGAAAAUUUGGUUUUAAUAAUGUUUGAGCAGGACACAGUUUUGAUUCCAAAGGAAACCUCCUGGUUUGGGUAUUAUCCAGAUGGGGCCUUCUCUCCUGUUCUGCCCGUACAGGAGACUAAGCUCUAUACUGAAGACUGGAUUGGUUUGAAAACACUGGAUGAAGCUGGAAAGGUCAAAUUCCUUACUGUGUCCGGAAAUCACCUCCAAAUCUCUCAAGACGAUAUGAAAAAAUACAUAGUGCCUUAUUUGGAGGACCAGGCAUCAUACAAUCAGAUAAUGGAAGGCGCUUCAUCUUUUAGAUGGAUAUCCUCAAUUGGGAACUUCUUUCGCCAACAAUUUGGUUUUGCCGAGGGUCAAACAAUGCUGCAUGUUCAAUAAGCACUCUGCAUUUCAACAAGAGUGACCAGGUGGUGCAGAAUAUGCACAUUUACAUUCAUUCUCUGUGCACAACUCCAAACGAAAAGGAGAAACAAAAAGAAACCCACCUGUAUAUUAGUAUCCCAUCUUAUGGUUUUGUAAUACAAUGAUAAGGCAGCUUAUGACCGGAGUGAUUGGAAGCUCAUAAAAAUGGGGAUGAUGAGGUAGUCCAGUUGAGUUGCUGUCUGAUCUUUGACUGUAAAAGAUUGGUUAUGUUUGUUGAGUUGCUACCUACAAUGUUCAUAAUAAUAGAAUUUACGUUACUAAAAGCUUUUAAAAAAAUAAUAAAAAUAAAAAUCAAAGACUUA